UCUGCCUCAAGCUGUGCCCUAUCAAAGGGCCACUUGUUUUGCUACACAUGGCUUUCUUUAAGCUGCAUCUUUUGCUGGGUGCCUGCUGGGCACUGCCAGCUGUUUCUCUCACAGUGCCUUCGAAAGCCUUGUGGUUUCAACAGAAGGUCAAUCAUUUUUCUGCUUCGAAUGCCACGUAUCUGCAGAGAUAUUACAUGGACGACAAGCACUGGGCCGGCCCCGGCUCUCCAAUCUUUGUGAUCAUGGGAGGCGAGCGGGGCAUCCCCCCGGAGAUGGGCAUCUUCUGGCCCUGGAUCUCCGAGGUCCUGGCGCGGCAGUUUGGCGGCCUCGUGCUGGUGCCGGAGCACCGCUUCUAUGGCGAGUCCCUGCCCUAUGGCCCGGCCUCCUAUGAGGCAGAGCACCUGAAAGGGGCGAUGACUUCGCAGGAGGCGCUGGCUGACGCGGCAGAGCUGAUCCGCAGCACUCAGCUGGCGCGGAAUUGCACAGUAACGGGCACCAGUGGCUACUGCCCCGUCCUUGUGAUUGGAGGCUCCUACUCGGGUUUCCUGGCUGCGAUGAUGAGAAUGAGAUAUCCAGCAGUGGUGGAUAUGGCCUAUGCCUCCUCGGCUCCUCUGAAAUUUUAUUCUCAGGAGGUGGGCCAGUACGCCUACUACGCCAAGGUCACCGAGUCGGCCGAGAAGUCCAUGAAGGGCUGUGCAGCUGCGGUGCUGCAGGCGUUUCAGAAGAUGAUGGACUUCUUUCAAACAGCCAACAGCAGCCAGAUCGCCCAGCAGUUUUCGGUUUGCGAGCCAGUGUCGCAGCCGGCCGACCUGGCAGACAAUCUCUUAUUCCUGGCUGAGCAGACCUUUGCGACCCUCAACAUGGUCAACUAUCCACCCAACAGCAACACAGGCCUUCGUCGAACUUGUGGCAGCUUCAUCGCAGCUGCAGGCCACAGGGAACUGGAGGCCUUCCGCGACUUGUUCCUACAAGAGACUCACCUGGGCUUUAUGAAUCAACCUCUGAGUCGCAGCACCUGUUUCAACGUCUCAGCACACCUCCCAGCCGGCGAGUCGGCCACUGCCAGAUGUGGAGACUGGUCUGGCUGCAGCUCCGGCCGUGACGGAGAGAUGUGGGACUUCCAAACCUGUAGCUUUGAGGUCGAACGCAUUGGUUUCGGAAGCGAAGAGCAGAUGUUUCCGUCGCAUCCAUGGACCAUGGAAUGGCUGAAGGAGCACUGCAUGAAGCGCUUCGCAGUGCGUCCGCAGCCGAAAAGUCUGGUGGAUCUCUGGGGCUUUGAUGAGGCAACUCUGGUGAGUUCCACCUCGCGGAUUUUGUUUGUGAAUGGCUUGAACGAUGGUUGGUCCGUGGCUGGCAUCCUGCAGAAUCUUUCCAGAGAGAAAGGCUUGAUCGCCAUUAACCUGCCCAAUGGUGCGCACCAUAGCGAGUUGUCCCUUGGAUUGGAGGAGACCGAAGAGGUUCGACAGGUACGCCAGCAGAUUUUGGCCAUCGUUGGUCAGUGGUUGGAGGAGAUUAAUUAAGCAUCCGAAAUGCUGAGGAUCAUAGCUUGAGGUUUGGGUCAAAAUUGAAGAUCAACCCAUGGAGAUCCAUGGAGUGUUUGGUGUUUCAUCCAACUUUUGGGGGACAACCUCAAUUUUGACCCAUAGAAAGGUGAUGUGCUGGAUCUUUUCUGGCAUUAUCCGGAAGAUGUGAACAGUGGGGCAACCAAUGAAAGAAGUGUUGCCAAGAUGGUCGAUCUUAGUACCUGGUACUGUCCCAAAGUGGAAAUUUCCAGUGCCAUUCAACAUAGGGAUUGGCGAAUGGUUUUGAGCGCAAGUUGAACCUUGUUGAUG